AUGGACUAUCUCGGCCCUCGCCUCGCUCAACUACUUCCCCGCGCGACCCACCCGGUCAACGACGUCCCAUACCACGUGGCUCAGUAUUGGGAUAAAGGGGUGCGCCAGCGUAUUGAGGAGAAGACGCUAGCAUUGCAGGCGGCAAGGAAGAAGCAGCAGAGGAAAAACGGCAGCGCCACCGGCCUUUGCCCAGGAGAGGUUUCCAGAGAUCUGCGCGAAAGUGCUAAGCGGCUGCCCGUUGUCAAGACAUGGGUACGGUCCUUGGAGGAUCCGGUUCGGCGUUUUGUCAUCGAACAAUGGGGCGACAGCCUAGAGGGGAGCGAAGAGGAAGACGGGGAAGAAGUCUUAUUUUCCGGAAGGAAGUCCAUGGCAAUAGAUCGGGAAAUUGGAUGGAAAAGAGCUCGGAAGGAGAUGGCGAAUGGCAAAGUCGAGGUCGGCAUGGUAUAUGAGUCCCAGCACGACGACGAAACUGCAGCGCUCAAGUACAGUCCAAGUCCGUGA